CCCAGCAUCUCGGCACCUCAAUCCCCAACACGUGCCAUCCCUCUCAACCAUCAUCCGUCGUCAAUCGAGCCACCCAUCAGCGAAUUCUCUCACAUCUCACUCCCUUUGUGAUCUACUCACUCCUUUCUGGAUUGAUCUGAUUUGACCAGAUCCCUUACGCUCUCUUUGCGCGCGCUCAAAGCGGCUCGUAAACUUGCCCCCCUCAUCCAGUCUUAUCUUUAUUCCUCUCCAGCAAUCAAUCGCCACGGGCUUCUUUGUUCUUGUCUCUCACGAGCUAGAAGAAAAAAAGGACAGACUCCCCGCCUCACCCGUCGAUAGCCCACUAUACUUACGUACUUGCUACUGUUUUACAACUAGCGCUGCAGGGCUGCUUAUUUCUAGCUUGGAAGAACCCGAUCUUGGACCUAACUUAGUUGACCAACAAAAGGCUCCCCAGCCUUAGAACUCUCUCCAGCAGCCAGCUCCCCUCUCAACGCCACGAAACAGUUGAUAACUACAGUACUCGCUGACAACCGUGCGAGGGCGGCUUGUCUUUGCUCUGUCUUGCCUUGCCUUGUCUUGUCUAGCAGUCUAUACAACCAACCGACAGGUUACUAGACCAGGCUAACCUGAUCGUCUCAUCACUCAAGACAUCUGUACUUUUGGAUUGCAUUUGUUUCUGCUGCUUGGGCUUUGUCGUGCGAAAAGUGUCCUUGUUAAUUCCUCCCUGGCACUCUUUUAUCAUUCGGCCAUUUUGUAUGUACAUUCCCUGGCCCUACCAUCGCGAUUGUACUGCGCCCCUGUCCUAGUCCUCGCCUCUAUCCUUAUUUUUUCUCGCUUGGCCGCACGCAUUCGAUGCCUUCUUGACAUUCGUUUCACUUCCUGUCAAUCAGCUUUUGUAUCGACGGCUUCUCCUUCCCGCGAAACCAGGCCGGCCAAUAGCCCGACGAUCCGUUCCUCGGGACUGUUUCCCUUCUUUCCGUCCGCCGUCACAGAAUUCCGAACUCUUUGCACCAACCUUGAAGACUCGAACGUAUCCCCUGAACUGCUUCUUCUACCUCAUGGAAUGCGAUAGCCUGUGGCGAUGAACUCCCUCAACAUCCUAACGGCCCGCGUAUCGCCGCCCCCAAGUCCAACUCAAUCUCGAUCGAACAGCAUAGGAGGAGGUCCCAUUGGUACAAUUGGAUUGGCCUCCGAAGACCAGCACGGCGACGACAGACUCUCCGGUCACGAGACCGAAUCCUUUGCCCAGGAUACUAUCGACGAAUCGCGAUACACCGAAAAGCCGGCUGACGAGAGUCCACCAUUGCUCAACGACACAGGCGACAGCCAAAAACGAAGCUCAUGGUGGCACUCUAUCCCUCGACGCUUUGCUUCCAGCAUUAUUGGUUCUAUUAGAUGGGUUCUUGCGACACUGGCAUCUCCAGGUGUCUAUCUCAUUGCAUGUUUCUAUGACGAAUACGGCAACUUCGCACCCUUUACACAGCUCGGAAAACUAUUUGGAUUGCACGGACCUCGACAUAAGACCAUGGAAGAAUCUGAAAAUGUUUCUGAAAAAGACUAUGGCAGGACUACAGGAUAUAGGAAGCUAGCACCAAGACCGAGGCCCGUAUCAUCGUCAUCGACGUCAUCAGGCCUCUCAUCGGAAUCGGAAUCGGAUGGAUCGCGGUCUGGCAGUCUCAGUCGACACGCACGAUCAAAGUCACUACAGCCUGCAGAGGAAACCGGUCCGACGAGAAGGUCAAUUCGCAUCAAGCUCAACAGCGACGAAGAUCUCAGGCAGCGGAAGCAUAGGAAAACGCAAUCGGCAGUCGCGCGAACAAAGGCUAGUGAUUUGGGCGGCGGCGACCUCUCGGCGCAUCUGAAAUCUCCCACUUCCCCCAUUGCAGCGCUCACCAAGUACCCUAAGACACCGGCACCACCUCGACCUUUGAUCCCACGCAGGCAGCCGUCCUAUAUCAACCUCGAACCACCGACGAGCCCGCAGAAGACCCUGAUUCUAGAUCUAGACGAAACCUUGAUACACAGCAUGUCCAAGGGCGGCAGGAUGAGUACCGGACACAUGGUUGAAGUGCGCUUGAACACAACAUAUGUGGGGGUUGGUGGGCAGACAUCGAUUGGACCGCAGCAUCCGAUUCUAUACUGGGUUAACAAGCGACCGUAUUGCGACGAGUUUUUGAGGAGGGUAUGCAAGUGGUACAACCUGGUUGUUUUCACGGCAUCGGUGCAGGAGUACGCAGAUCCAGUGAUUGACUGGCUGGAGGCGGAGAGGAAGUAUUUCUCGGCGCGAUACUAUCGCCAGCACUGCACGUUCCGGCAAGGCGCUUUCAUCAAGGACCUCAGUUCGGUCGAGUCAGACCUGAGCAAGGUCAUGAUUCUGGACAACAGUCCGUUGAGUUAUCUGUUUCACCAAGACAAUGCGAUUCCCAUCCAGGGGUGGAUCAAUGAUCCGACGGAUACAGACUUGAUGCAUUUGGUGCCGCUGCUGGAGGGUCUGCAGUAUGUUCAUGAUGUUAGGGCGUUGUUAGCCCUGAGGGGUGGUGAAGAUGGUCAACAUAUGGCAUAACCUAUGAUAUUUAUUAGGCAUAACUUAUGAUAAGGUACUUUAAUUUGGAGUUGAUUUCUCGUUGUCGCUGUAGAUUACGUGGGUAAAGCUGGUCGCUUAUUACGGAGUAGAUGUGGCGGGAGAGCAACCGCCAUGUUACCCCAGACCCGACGAGAGUGGCUUGACAUAAGGUAGUUCAGGUAAACUUCUGAUGAUAUUACCUAUGCAUAUCGUCGACUUUGGGGUCGGAUAUAUGAUGAUGCAGUUGUCUUUAUUCAUAAGUCCUUAGACUAGGUUCUCAAUCUUAGGGUAACCGCCAAAUUGGCAAAGCUCGAGUUACAAC